AUGGAAACCUCAAAAGAGAUAUGCACAUUUUUAGGGAAAUUCCUCUAUUACUUUGUAGAAUCUGUAAUCUCCCAUAUCAUUCCAAAACCUAAAAAGAAAGUUGCUGGUGAAAUUGUGCUAAUAACAGGAGCUGGAAGUGGCCUGGGAAGGUUAUUGGCCUUAAAAUUUGUCCGUCUUGGGGCGAUUGUAGUUCUCUGGGACAUUAAUCAAGAAGGCCUUGCUGAAACAUGCAGGUUAGCCAAAGAACACAGUUCUGCAAGAGUGCAUGCUUAUACAUGUGAUUGCAGCAAAAGACGUGAAAUCUACAAAGUUGCAGAACAGGUUAAAAAAGAAGUUGGUGACGUUACCAUCCUUAUCAACAAUGCUGGAGUAGUAACAGGAAAACCAUUCCUUGAGAUUUCAGAUGACCUUGUGGAAAAAUCUUUUCUCGUAAACGCCUUUGCUCAUAUCUGGACUUACAAAGCUUUCCUUCCUGCCAUGAUAGCUGGCAACCAUGGUCACCUGGUCUGCAUUUCAAGUGCAGCUGGACUAGUUGGUAUAAAUGGACUAGGGGAUUAUUGUGCAAGCAAAUUUGCAGCAUUUGGAUUUGCAGAAUCUAUUUAUUUAGAAUUGAGAAAACUAAAGAAACAUGGAGUUAAAACUACCAUUGUCUGCCCAUAUUUCAUCAAAACUGGAAUGUUUAGUGGUUGUUCAACCAAGUAUCCAGCCUUAUUACCUCUUCUGGAACCCGAAUAUAUAAGUGAUAAAAUUAUGAAUGCUAUCUUGGAGGAGCAGGUUUAUCUGAUAACCCCCAAAACAGCAUACUUCGCAGUGGUGUUGAAACAUAUGAUAUCUGCAAAAAUGACUCUGGCCCUUGGUGAUUUCCUUGGAAUUUACAAUUGUAUGGAUACUUUCCAAGGUAGAGUGGAGAGAGAUAAAGUCCAGACUGUAACAAAGAUAACACCAAUAACUGAAAAUCCAAAUGCAACAACAUAA